CCUGGAUCAAACAUAUCUAAUGCUCUCAAAAAUCUUUUAAGUUAUAUUAUUCUUGAACUUAAGGAUAAUUCUUAUCAUUUACUUAUCAAAUCAUAUCUAGCACUUGGUCAAAUUAAUGAAGCUGUUGAAACAAAUGGACUGAAAAAAUAA